AUGGAACCCGUUGCAAGGCAAGCCAACCCAACCGAACCCGAGAAGCCCGUUUUAUUUUUCGAUAUAGACAACUGCUUGUAUUCUCGACAGAUCAAGGUGCAAGAAGUCCUAUCAGGCCUUAUUGACAAUUAUUUCGAAAAGCACCUCGGUCUCUCCCGUGAGCAAGCUGUCUUCCUACUCCGAGAAUACUACAAGCACUAUGGUCAGGCGAUUGAAGGCUUGGUGCGGCGGCACCAGAUCGAUCCUAUGGAAUACAAUGCCAACGUCGAUGACGCUCUCCCGCUUGAAAAUAUGAUCAACCCUGAUCCGAAGCUCCGACGAUUGCUUGAAGACAUUGACAGAGAUAAAGUGCGCCUCUGGCUGGUAACAAAUGCCUACAAAACCCAUGGGGAGAGGGUUGUGAAGCUGCUUGGUGUCGAUGACUUGUUCGAAGGCUUGACCUACUGCAAUUACGCUGAAAUACCCUUUAUUUGCAAGCCACAUAUUGAUAUGUUUAAGAAGGCUAUGAGGGAAGCCGGGGUUCAGAGAAAUGGAAGUUGUUACUUCGUUGACGAUUCGUACAACAAUUGCGCUGGUGCACGCCAAGCUGGAUGGAUCGCGGCUCACCUUAUAGAAGAAGGCUUGCCAAUCCCUGCGACACCAGCGUGCCAAUAUCAAAUACAUAACCUGGAGGAACUUCGAAGUGUAUAUCCACAGUUCUUCAAGCCCAGGGAAUAA